CGCCGAGCCGAGCAGGGUCAAGACCUACACCGGGCUACUGGCCCUGCCUGUCUAAGAGCACCAGUAUUUUUAGCUCGCUUGCGCAGAGGAUGCUCGGGGGGCCACAGAAGCACGGCUCCUGCUCCGGGCAAAGGGCUAAGUUUGUGGGCUGCAAGAGAUGGGAGCGACUGGAUGGGCAAGGUGGACCCGAACCAGCCUGGGUGCUGGGGCGGGCCGGGGAGGUAAGUGAAUGGGCUGCACCUGGGCACCCACGUCAUCCUGAGUGAACCUCCACGUUGUAUUUACAUGGUGUGAGGUCCAAACUGACUGGCUCUGCAGCGUGCGUGGGAGAGCCGAUGACCUGAGCGCCUCUGCCUUCGGCUGAUGCGGCGCAUAUAAAGCAGGCAGCACGCUGGGGCUGCAGCACAGAGGAGCAGCGGGGAACAGGAGCCAGUGUCCGCAGCAAUGACCAGACGGACCAUGUCUCUGGACGCUGCACUCCUGGUUGUGGUCCUGGCCAGUUUGUCAGGUGGGUGCUCUUCUUUGUAAAUGCUGUGCGGAGGCUAACUGCAUCGCUCUAGACAGGCCGGGGCAUGAGGAGGCAGCUUGGUGAGAGGGGCUGUUAGGCUGCCAGGUGAGAUGACCCCGCUCCUCCCCACCUGGGGCAGUUUCCACAGUGAUGUGGCCCUUUCUCUGCUCGUUUGCAAAUCUGCAUCACCUGAGAUGCAGUUGCUCUGAGCUCAUUGCUGCACUUCAGUCUGCUGCUCCUCUGUUUUUGGAGCUGGGGCCUGGCUGUUACUGCUCCCCAGAUCCCUUGGUUAAUGAUACCCACCCCCAGAGAGACGUUGCACUGGGAUGGAUCGGCAGAGAUGUUAAGCCCCUGGAGCCCAUCCUGAGAAGCUCCCUCAGAGCCUUCAGGGGAAAAUACCGUAAUGACAGUGGCAGACUGAGCACCAUCGGCCCAAAAGUAGGUCCUAGCUUUGGGAUUUUUUCCAGGGAGAUGUCCCCCAUGCCUCUGUUUGGCCUCCCUGCGUCCUGCUGGGCAGUCAAGUUUACCAAGGCUCCUCCCAGGCUGCUCUGUGAACCCUCUUGUUCCACCCCUGCAGCUUCUCAGGCCGAAGCGGCAGCGAAUGGGCUCUGGGAUUACCACAGCCAGCUCACGCGUGACAAGGACAGCAUGGAGCACGCCCAGAGCACGAAGCUGGGCAGAGACACCAAAAACCUGAAGGAAAGCAUCCAGGAAAGGGGCAGCUACAUGGGAAAUUUCCUUGAGAAACUGGCUCCGUUCAAUGGGGGACUCCAGCCCCGGCUCUAUCAAGACUCCGAUGGGCUGCGAAGGCUCAUCAGGAAGGAGCUGGAAGGCCUGAGGAUGAAACUGUCUCCUUACGUGGAUGAUGUGCACCAGAGGAUCGGCAAGAACCUGGAGAGGCUUCGUUUCCAGCUGCAGCCAUUCACAGCAGAGCUCCUGGACCAGGUGUCACUGAAAGCCGGGGAGCUUCGCCAGCACCUCACCCCCAGUCAAGACAUGAAGGCGCAGCUCCUGGAGGGCAUGGACGAGGUUCAGAGGUUCAUUGCCCAGUAUGCCAAUAAAAUAGCCUUCCAUACCGAUCUAGUGAAGGAAACCUUCCAUCCGUUCGCAGACAAGCUCGUCGCCGAGAUCCACCGCAACCUGGAAGAGCUCCAUAGGAACGUGGUGCCUCACACCAAAGCCAGCCCAGAGAAAGUCGAUCAGUACAUCCAGGAGCUCUCCGCGAAGCUGACCCAGAAUGCCAGGGGUCUCCACCAGAAGAUCCAAAGGAACCUCAAGCACCUCAAAGAGCAGCUGAGUCUUUACCCCGGUGACCUGAGAGAGCCCUUUGCUAGCUCGCCCGUAGACCCUCGCUGGGUGGCAGAGCCUUACGUGGAGGGCCUGGCCCGGGAAGUGCAGAUGAGAGUCGACGAGUUCAGAAGGGACACGUUCCUCCAGAUAGAUGACUUCACCAGGACCGUUGCCCGGGAGACAGAAGACGUGAAGUUCAAGUUGUCUUCACCUUCUCCGUCCGCAGAGGAGUUUCAGGACAGCUCGGCACCUAUUGAGGACUUGCACAUCCGGCUCGACAGCCUGUGGAAGGAUAUUUCCCAGAGCUUAAAUGAGAAGAGCAGUGACUUUGAGUGAAACCUGCUGUAUCGGUGUGUGCAGGAGUGUGUGCGCAUGCACAUGAGUGCUUAAACCAUGGUGGGAUGAAAUAAAAAUCAUGCCCGACUACACUGC